CGAUUGCGAGCUUGUCAAUCUUCGUGUGAAUGAGAUCUGCCCCUCUGUGUGGAAGCGUUGUAUGAGGGAGAGCUUGUGAGAUCAAUAAGAUGGACUUGCACCAGUUCUGUCAGCUGCUGGACGCCUUCCAGUCGCCCGAAAAUGCCAUCAGAUCCCAGGUGGGUCAGGCAGUCAGGGAGGGAGGGAAGCGCACACUCUCUCACACACAAAGGCACACAGACACACAGACACACAGACAUGCAGAAAAAGAGAGAGAUCACUCCCUCUGUCCGCUGACAGAAAGAGACCAUGCCAUGUGUGUGGAUCUCAUUAUUCAUGUGUCUGUAGGCCGAGAGUGCCUUCGAGUCGCUCAAGCAGCAGGACCCCAACGGCACCAUCACUCUGCUGCUGACGGUGCUGCGCACCCACACCGACCCCAACAAGCGGCGCGACGCCUGCAUCUACCUCCGGACCACACUGCGGGAGUUCUGGAUGGGCAAGGAGACCAACAACAUCUGGAACCGCCUCUCGCCCCACACACAGGAGGCCGUCAAGACCGCCCUCGUCGACAGCAUCGAGGCAGAAAACUCGACCCUCGUCAUGGUCAGCAUUGUGGGCUUUGUUUGUCUUUCGAUGGUGGAUGCGAUUAUGUGUGCCUUUCAGGACCAGAUAUGCGACACUGUUGGCAAGAUGGCGGGCCAGCUGACGGGUGACGAAGAGAAGGGCUGGCUGCCGCUGACCGAGGAGCUGUUCUCACUCGUCCAGAGUGAGGAUGCCGACAAGCGCACGGCGGGGCUCAAAGUGCUCAAGGAGUGUGUGGUAGGCUUGCAGGACCACAAGCAUACCCACAAACCCCAUUUUGCUUGUCGUUGGUUUGGCUGUGUUGUGUUUCGUGUGGUUGUGUGCAGGACCACUUGCCCAAGACGCUUGUGCAGCACCAGGACGCUUUGGCGCAGGUCAUCAGCCAAUCCAUCAUGAACACACACUCCUUCUCAGUCAGGUACGCGACGGCACGGGGGAUGGGGGGUGUGAAAAGGGGCAUCCAUACGACCGUCCAUCUCUCUCUCUCUCUCUCUCUCUGUGUGUGUGUGUGUGUGUGUGUGACAGGUUUGAGAGCAUCGGGUUGAUUCGUGCAGUGGUCGACAGUCUGGAUCGCCCCGUCUGGAAGAAACUGCAGGGCAGGUACACAAAGGAGGCAAACAAAGAGGGAGGGAGGGAGGGAGGCACAUCCGUUGACGUGUGUGUGUGGAUCGUCGUGUGUGGCUGGGUGCGGUGCAGUUUGCCUCACAUCAUGGCCUCCCUGGGUAGGGCACACACACAUACACACAGAUAAAUGUCACGAGUGGCGCGAUCAUUCGGUCGAUCCGCCCACCUGUUUUAGGUAUGAUGCUUCAGGACCAGAAGAAGCACCUGGACCACGCCAAGUGAGCACAGACAGACAGACAGACAGACGCACACACAGAUGUAUUCCUUGCGUGUGUGUGUGUUUAGGGAGGUGAUUGAGGACAUGAUAACGAUGGCUGAGAGCGAGGCGCUCUUCUUCAAGCCGCACCUUCCCGGCAUCGUCACACAAAUGCUCACAUACAUACGGUGGGUAUGCCUGUCUGUCUGUCUGUCUGUCUGUUGGGAACCCCACACGAAAUGUUUGUUUGUUUAUGUGAUCCCCUCCCUCUCUCUGUGGUGUGUGUUGCAUCUCAGCACCUCCACAUACGAAGAUGACAUCAGGUGUGCACAGGCGGAGCUUAGAAGGGAAAACACACGCAGACACAGUGCGUGUUUGUGAAUGUGGCUGCAUAUCUCUCUCUGUGCGUGUGUGUCCGCACACAGGCAGCUCGCCGUGGAGUUUCUGCUCACACUCGCCCAGCAGAGACCAAAAGCGUAAGCAGUGAGCACUCUCCCACACGAAACACGUCCCCCCCCUCUCCCCCUCCCACUUGUGUGUUGUGGUAUUUAUGUGUGUGUCAGGAUGGGCAAGGUGCCUCACUUUGUGGACCACUUCGUCCCGGCCUGCAUGGAGCUGAUGCUCGAGGUGGAGGACGACCCCGAGUGGCAACAAAAUGACGACGACGACGACGAGGUGCGUCAGACACCCACACAUCUGCGACGGACGGAUGGAUUGAUGGAUGGACGGAUGUGUGUGUGUGUCUGUGUGUGUUAAGGAUACGACGAACUACGACGUGGGUGAGGAGGCGCUGGACCGCAUUGCCAACAACAUGGGCGCCGAAGACGUACUCCCCCAUGUCUUCAGGUCAGCCAGUGCAGCCAUCCCAUCCGCACACUCACACAGGGAUGCAUCCUUGCGUCUGAGCAUCUGUGUGUGGAUCACUGUGUGGGUGCAGAAACGCGAGCGUCUUUCUGGAGCAGGUAACACAACACGCACAGACACACGAAGGCGUACGACGUCCCACUGUGGUCCCUCCCCUAUCAGGGUUCCAAGCACAACAGUUGGAAGCACAAGUUGGUGGCCAUCAUGAGCAUCUCGCAGGUGGCUGAGUACAUCGACGAGGACGAGCUCGACAGCUACCUGCCCAAAAUCAUCCACGUCCUACUCACCGUAAGCAGCAACCAUGGCUGCGUGACAGACAGACAGACAGACGGACAGACAGCUAUACGCCAUGGAUGGAUCGCUGAGUCGAUGGAUAGAUGGCACCAAUACGCAACACUUAUACGAUACGUAUAUAUAUGUGUAUACUUAAAUCUAAGAUGUAUACGUACAUAUACACAUAUACACAUAUGUGUACACAUACAUAUACAUUAUACAUACAUACAAAUAUGUAUACAUACAGACAUUUGUAUAUAUCUCUCUGUCCCUCUCUCUCUCUCUCUCUGUGUGUGUGUGUGUGUGUGUGUGUGUCCAUAAAGAAUGUUGAGGACGUCCACCCCCGUGUGCGUUUUGCGGCGCUGCACGCGAUAGGACAGGUGUCGCUCGACCACAACCCUCACGUGCAGGACAACCACGCCGAACAGGUGCCUAUGUCGAUAGAUAGACAGACGGAUGGAUGGGUGGAUGCACCGGCCGAUGUGUGUGUAUGUCUGUCAGAUUCUGCCUGCGAUCGUCAAGGCGCUCAACGACCCAGAGCCUAAGGUGGGUGGGGAUGUAUUCCACAGACAGACAGACAGACAGAUACAUGGGUGGACGGACGCACAGAUGAACACAUGAGAAUGUUCGUCUGUGUGCACGUACACAUACGUAGGUCUGUGGUCAUGCAGCGGCCGCAUUUGUCAACUUCGGUGAGUCAACGACACACAGAGAUGAUGGAUGCAAUGCACACGCCAUGACAGACACGCAUCCAUUUGUGUGUGUGCAUUGUAUUGUGUGUCUGUCUUUGUGUGGAAUAGGUGAGGAUGUGGACGAGGCCACACUGCUGCCGCAUGUGGACCCUCUCAUGAACCGCCUCUAUGCACUCCUCGCCGCAUCCGGACAACACCAAAGUGAGUGCGUCAGGAGGGCUACAGGCCACACACUGACACCCAGAGGCACAUGUAUUUUGUGUGUGUAUGUGUGUAUGUGUGCCUGUAGUUCGUUCGAUCAAGGACCACAGUGUGACGGCGAUAGCGGUCGUGGCUGGGGUGGUGGAGCAGCACUUCAUCAAGUUCUACACACACAUCAUCCCGCUACUCAAGACCAUCCUCGCGUACCCACGCAGCCCACACAAUCCAUCCAUCCAUCCACCCAUGUGUGUGUGUGUGUGUGGGUCCUCGUGUGAUACAUUGCAGUCAGUGCACCUCCAAGGAUGAUCGUCGACUGCGUGGCAAAGCGUACGAGUGCAUCUCACUCAUCGGACUCGCAGUUGGUACGUCCGGACACACACUCAUACCCUCUCCAUCCAUCCAUCCGUCCAUCCAUCCAUCCAUCCGUCCAUCCAUCCAUCCAUGUGUGCAUGUGUCUGUGUGCAGGCCGCGACACGUUCCGCAAUGACGCCAAGGAGGUCAUGCAGAGCAUGAUAACCGUCUAUGGGGUACACACACACACAGAGAGAGAGAGAGAGAGACGGAAAUGUGAAAUGUGUGAUGGAUGGAUGUGCGUAUCAGAGCGGAUUGGACGCCGACGAUCCGCAGAAGGAGUACAUCCAGGAGGCCUUCCCGCGCAUGUGCAGAGUCCUCAAGGAGGAAUUCAUACCCUACCUCUGUAAGGAAAGGAACCCAUCACACACCACACAACACACAACACACAGACACUGGAUGGAUGUGUACGUGCGUGCAGCUGUGCUGAUGCCGCACUACCUGAGCACGCUGAGGACACAGGCGACGGAGGUGGACACCGACGCAACGCCCGAAGACGAAAUCGACGACAUGUCGCUGGCCAUGGUGGACCAGAAGUGCAUGGGGCUCAAGACCACUGUCGUCGAGGACAUCCAGCAGUCAGCACACGAAGACACAUGGCUGUGUACUUGUGUGGGUGUGGUGAAUGCAUGGAUUAUGGUGUGUGCAGGGCGGUGACGAUCAUCAAGACCUUCUUGGAAGUGCUCGGUAGGCGGCGCAGAAAACAAUCACUCGUGAGUGUUCCAAUCAGCGCUGCUGUCCCAUUCCUUCUCUAUCUCGUCGCAGGCACCGACUUCAGGGAAUACAUCCCCACAACCACAGAGGUACACACUGACACACACACACAUGCUCACUUAGACACACACAUACCUGGACUCCCUCCCUCUCCGCUGUGUGCAUUAGGCUGUCGUGGCGCUGCUGUCGUUUCACUUUGCGGAUGACGUCAAGACCAAAGCGGUGGGCGCCAUGGCCGAGCUCAUCAGAGUCACACGAGAACUCGUCGAGGUCAGCAAACACAUCGAUGAAGCGGCUCACCGAUGGAUGGAUGAAACUUUCUCUGUGUGGCACUCCACUCCUUGAUUCAGCAACGUGAGGCGUCUCAGCAAGGUCAGCCUGCCGCUGAGAGGGAGCUGCUCGUCAACAUGGUCGUGCAGGCCAUCGACCGGAUAUUCAAAUGCAUGGAGGUCAGUCGGCACAGCACCUAUACCCUCCACCUCUCACACACAUACACACACACAGAGAGAGAGAGAGAGAUGUGUGUGUGCCGGUGUGUAGGAGGAGGAGGACCUGGACAAUCUUCGAGCGCAGGCCAUGGGCAUCACCAGGUGCAUCGCCGCCGCAAAGGGCGGCGUACUCAACGACGACCAAGUCAGCAACCAAUCAAACCAACACACACCUACGCCCCCCACCACAAUGUGUGUGUGCAGUUAAGCCGGAUAUGCGAGUGCACCAUAACGCAGCUGACCGAGGCGACCCACAGGCGCAUCGAGAGGGAAAAGGACAAGCCAACACCGCAGGAACCGGUACGCCCUACACCCACCUCUCUCCCUCUACGUGUCGGUCGACUCGUGUGUGUGUGCGUUGGCGUGUAGGGUGACACAGAGGAGGUUGAGGAUGACAUGGAACUCAUCGAAGAGGAACAAGAAGCGGUCAGUAAACCCACACACAGGCAGACAGGGAGGGAGGGAUGGACCACCACAUUGUGGCUGUGUCUGUGUGUGUGUGUGUGUGCAGGAGCAGUCUCUCCGCAGCAGUUUGGCCGAGGUCCUCGCCGUCAUCAUGAAACACUACCCUGACGCAUUCCUGCGCGUAACCACACAAAGACACCCACACACACACACACACAGAACAAAGCAACCUUUGCUCUUGGAAUGAUCUGAUGUGUCCAUUAGACGAGUGCGUCAAAGGUGAUCCCCUAUGUGGGUCACUUUCUGCAGCCCAACAGCAGCGUCGCCGACAGGGCUCUCGGGCUCUACUUCAUCUGCGACUUCCUCGAGCACCUCCAGGCACGAGAACACACAGCCACGCCACACACGCAGAGAGAGAGAGAGACAGACAGACACGUGUGUGCACUCGUGUGUGGAUGAUUGUGUGACACAAACAGGAUCGUCAUUUCCACGAGUGGGGUCAGCAGUUCGUGGCCAAGAUGCUCGACUGUGUCCUCGACGACCACACGGAGAUCAAACAACCAGCCUGCUACGGGGUGCGCCACACACACACACACCAUUGCAUCUGCCUCUGUGCGUGUGGGAUGAUAGACGGAUGGAUGGAUGGGUGAGUGCAGGUGUCGCUUGCGUCGAGGCUGAGUGCCUUCGUGCCGGCCGUCCAGGUGCGUGAGUGCCUAACCAUUCACCUCUCUCUCCAUCCAUCCAUCCAUGUGUGUGUGUCUGCACCCACUCAGGUGGCAUUGGAGAGGCUGCACCACGUCAUAGUGCAGCAGGACAAGAACACCACACAGAAGAAGCGGAAAGAAAUGCAGGCAAGAACCCAACACACACAUCCAUCCAUCCACCCAUGUGUGUGUGUGUGUGUGUGUGUGCAGCCAGCGAUCGACAAUGCCGUGUCGGCUUACGGCGAGAUCCUCGUCAACUGCGGAUCUCAGUCGCCUGCUUUAUCGGGCGGGGCGUCGGUGUGCGGCAUGACACUGCAGCAGCACUACGGUUUCUGGCUCGACCACCUGCCGCUCAGGGCCGAUCCCGAGGAGGGACAGAAGGUGCACGAGAAGCUCCUGAAGCUGAUGAACCAGGUGUGUGUGCUGCGUAUGAGGGUGGGUGGACGGGUGGCCACACACGGACGCCAUCGGCCUCUUUCUUCCUCUGUGUGUCUCCUCAGAACCACGAGGGCGUGUUGGGCCCCAACCGCUGUCACCUCCCCCGCCUCGUGGGCAUCCUCUCGCGCGUCUACAAGACCGACUGUUCAACCGACGAGUGCAACACAGCCAUCCUCUCACUCCUGCAGCAAAUCGGUCUGUCUGUGGGGGCGCAUACACAUCCCAACACACACACACGUCUCUCUCUCUGUGGUUGGAUCUAUCAGGCCACGAGCAGCUGCACCAGUGGCAGCAGAGCGGUGCCUUCAAGCCAAAGGAGGCCGAGCGCAUCGAGAAGGUCUGGAAGGACAUAGCCGUCCAGAGCGCCAAACAGCAGCACCAGGCAGCCACAGCAGCUGGCCACACACCCUCCCCCACCGCACAGCAGACACUGCACCCGGCGGCUCCCCACGUGCCGUCCCCCCACCCAUCGCCCGAGGCCUCCCCGCUGCACCCCCAGCAGCAGACUUUCGGCGGCACACACGCAGCCGGAUAAUGACACAUACCGGCAGCCAGCGUCAUGGUGUGUGAAUGCGUGUGUGGUGUGAGUGCUGGUCCCUUCCUCCAGUCGUCAUUGCAUAUAAGCCGACGAGUAAAGGAGAGUCCACUGAUUGGUGCGUGAGCAAGACGGACGUACAAAACGGGUGUUUUGUUUCGUCUCGUCUUGUCUUCUCUCUCUCUGUGUGUGUGUGUGUGUGUGAGUUUUAAUGCGUGAAUGACUGAAUGGGUGGCUGGAUGAAUGAGUGCCUUCGUCCGUGGCGUCUGUCUGUCUGUCUUUGUUGGACGUCCAUGCGUUGAGCGCCAUGCGCAACUCUAACUAACUGUGUGCCC